UCCAAGACACUAUAUAAAUACUGUAUAUUAUAAUUAAUAUGUAGUAUUUUGAUUAUUGGCACCUUCAACGCUGGCAUCUUUUCUCUCUGUAUUGGGAUACUUAUUCGUUGAACGAGGAAAGCACAAGCUUAGUGGUCACCGGUAUUAUUUUCUUACAUCUUAAUUCUUUGUUCUAAGACACACAGACGAAAUUUCAAAAUGAAUAUAUCUAUCGAAAAAAAAAGAAUGGAUUGCUCUGCUUUGCCAAAAGGAUGGCAAAGAGAAGAAGUCAUAAGAAAAAGCGGAUUAUCCGCCGGAAAGGUUGACGUUUAUUAUUACAGCCCAACAGGUAAAAAGUUUCGCAGUAAAGCAGAGCUAGUUCGUUAUCUGGGUGAUAGUAUGGACCUAUCAUGUUUCGACUUUCAGCAGGGUCAAAUUAACACCAUGCUGCUGUGCAAGGCCAAGAAAGCUCGUGCGCAAUUCGAUUACAGGGGUGUACGAUCUGAUGCCUCGUUAGUUCCUCCUAUACGACAAACAGCUUCAAUUUUCAAGCAACCAGUUACUGUCUACAAAACUCAAGAAAGUAAAGUUAAAACAGAUUUAAAGCAUGGUAACCAAGAGAAACCUAAGCAACUAUUUUGGGAAAAAAGACUUGAGGGUUUGACUGCUUGUGAUGCAAAUGGCGUUAUUGGAACCACUUCAUUACCAAGAUACAUAAAACCUUUGGGACCCUACACAUCAGAUGCAACAACAAUCCAAUCUCUUGCUACAGCAUUACAUGUUUCGUCUCAACCUAUAACAGGGCAGACUGGAUCAAAACAAACAAUUCUCGAAAACCCAGGCGUUUUUUUAAAUCCUGAGCAACCAUUGAUUGCAGCUGUGACAAUAACAAAAGAGGAUGUAAAAAGGCAAGAAGAAAGGGUAAAGCGGGCUCGCUUGAGGCUUAAAGAGGCUUUAGUCACUGCAUAGGGUCCAGCCGGUGACGGGGAAACCCCCGUUACCGACUUAGCUGACCCUUUAGACAUGGUCCUUCCAGAUUCAACGGAAGAAUCUCCUAAAGCAAGACUUUCUGAAUGUGUGCCAGAUAGCACAGAAUCUAAUAUAUAGCCCUAACUCCUCUCCUCGUGUUUAAUUAAUUAAUCAUAGGACAAGUCUAGGUACUUUUACAUUCUUUACAGUUUUUUAAGCCUAUGUGUAGUCUUCAAUAUAUGUGUGGAGGAAAGUAAUUACAUAUUUAUUGACUUAAUUUCAAAUUAACUAAAUUCAAAUUUUCAUGAAGUUUUUAACAGUGAUAACUAUGUAAUUUACUUCAACUAUAAGAAAUUUUUUAAAUAUAUAUUUAGGUAUAUACCACUUUGUAAUAUUGUAUGUAAUUAAAACACUUUUGUAAUUUGA